GCGCUCCUCCGUGUUGCUUUUCGAGGGCGAUCCUGAAACAUUUCCUUCCUUUAUAACACUUUCUUUGUAUCGUCCCUCUUACUUUCUUUCCCCCCUUCCUUCGCCAGAUUCUUUGUCAGACUACUGCCUCCUGCAAGACUUUACUCCUUUUCAGGAGUCUGUGGCACGGAUGUUAGGGAAUUGAAUUUUUUAAGGCGGUCGUUUGAAGAUUUUGAGCUUUUCCUUUCUCCUAACCAGGAGUCAUAGAUGCCAAGAAGUAUGGCCCCCCUCAAGAAGCCUCGAAAUACCACAAAGUUGCCCCUGGCUUUAAACCCCUUGAAGAGCAAGGACGUGUUGGCAGUGCUGGCUGAGAGGAACCAGGCUAUAGUACCCGUUGGGGCCUGGGUGGAGCCUGCCCCGCCAGAUAGUUCAGAAGUCCCGGCAGCUAGCCACAAUUUGGAACCAGUCAUGCACUUCAGGAAAAUGUUUGGUAAUCUCAAGACUUCAGCAUAUAUAAUUGAAGAAGAACUGAAGGAGCAGCUAAGAAAGAAACAAGAAGCUCUGAAGCGCUUUCAGAGACAAGUCAAAAGCCGAGUAAAUCAGCAAGUUCGGCUGAGAAAAAAGCAACAACUUCAGAGGUCUUAUGAAGCUGCAGAGAAAGAAGGCUCUAUAGCCAUGCACUCUUCAGAUCUUGCACACUUAACUCCUAAAAGAACGAGCGUUUUUCCAAGCAAUUUGAAUGCUGCUAUUGGAAGUGCCAGAUUGCCUCCUCCCCAGAUGCUUGAGGGUGGAAUAGAAGACAGAGAGAAUCAGAAUGAACUGUUCCAACAACAAGCCCAGGCUCUUAGUCAAAGCAUGAAAGAAGCACGUCAUCGGCUGGCAUCAUUUAAAACUGUGAAUCAGAAAGAUGCACCAGAGUUUCCAGAUGAUAUAAAGAAAAGCUUUCCCACCCAGGAGAAAGCACUUUGUAGGAAGCCAUCAUUUACCAGGAUAAAUAUAGGCAUAAGAGGAGAACUGCCCUUGGAGGUCCAUCAAGGUCUUUUAACUCCUGCAGAUUACCAGAAAUUUAUGGAUGAUCAGGAACCUGAGGAAUCUUCAUCUGUUAUGAUAGAUAAGAAAGGGAAAAAGCAUUUGUCUUGGGGGGACCAGGAGGAUCUCUUUUCUGAAGACAAAGAUAUACCUUUCAGCAGAGUUCAGAAAGUCCAGUUCAAAACCCCACUAUUUGAUGUGAUAGAAGAGGAAGAAGUAAAGCAGUUACAUCAGGACGUUUUGCCGGAAGCCCAGGAUUAUCUUCCAGAAGCCCCGGGGGAUUUGACAAGUGUCCUCGAUGUUGAGUGGGAAGCCCAGCGCUGUGAGCCGAGGCUCAAUACCCAGCAUAUCAAUCUGGAAGGCCACACUGUUGAGCCCAAAGCCCAGGCCAUUAAGACAAAAACUAAGAGUGUUAUGCUGAAAGACCAGACUAUUGGAUUAGAAGAUGGGGAUAUUGCGUUGGAAGUACAAGAUUUUCCACUCCGAAAUCAGACUUUUCUACCCACAGAUCAGCACAUUCUCCCCAAAGACCAGAAUGUUCUACCCAAAUGUCAGGACCAGGAUUUUCUACCCAAAGACCAAGAUUUUCUACCCAAAGACCAGUGUGUUUUACCCAGAGACCAGCGUGUUCUCCCCAAAGACCAGAAUAUUCAACACAAAUGUCAGGACCAGGAUUUUCUACCCAGCGAUCAGAAGGUAUGCUUCAAGGAGACGUAUUGUGAUAUGAUGAGUGAGAAGAGAAAAGACUUUUCUCUGGCAAGUUAUCAGUAUCUGCCUCCUAAACUUCAGGACCAGGCCUCCAUCAGAGAUCAGAGCAAGUGUGUUAAGCAACCCUCAUGUUUCAAGAAAUGGGAGCUUGGAAGAGGAAUUGCUUCUGGAGUGUGGUUGGUAUGUCUCACCCCGUGUUCAAGACCUAGCUUUUCCAAGCGAAGCUUAUGCUCCAUACAGCAGCCAUCUGCUGAAACAGCUGAAAGAUGGCAGGAAGAUUUGCUUCUGGAUGGCCAUCAGCAUCUUGCACCCAAGCAGCAGAGAGAGGCUUCCAGCAGAAGACAGGUUGGUGAUGAGUAUCAAUCAAGAUUGAACACUGAAUUUCAAACUCCCCUGGCACUUCAGUCUGGAGUAAGUCAAGAGGAAGACAAGAAAGAGCGUCAAAAGCAAUACCUGAGGUAUAGACGACUUUUCAUGGAUAUUGAAAGAGAACAAGUGAAAGAACAACAAAGGCAAAAAGAACAUAAGAAGAAAAUUGAAAAAAUUAAGAAAAAGAAAGAGCAGCAACGUUAUGCUGAAGAACAGAGGAUAUUAAGAAUGAAAUCCCAUGAAGAACCAUGUUCAGAGGAGAAGAUGAGUGAUAUAUUAGCCCAACUACAGCUUGAGGAAAUAAAAGGAGCCAGAGAAAAACAACAGCAGAAAGAAAAAGAAUACCAAAGAUAUGUAGAAGCUUUAAGAGCCCAGAUCCAGGAGAAAAUGCGGCUAUAUAAUAUUACUUUACCUCCACUCUGCUGCUGUGGUCCUGAUUUUUGGGAUGCUCAUCCUGAUACCUGUGCCAACAAUUGUAUUUUCUAUAAAAACCACAAAGCGUAUACCCGGGCACUACAUUCAGUCAUCAAUUCCUGUGACAUCCCUGAGGGGAACUCAGAUCUUCGAGUUGCCAUUCAUAAUUUUGCUUCUGCACAUAGACGGACUUUGAAAAACCUGUAAUAAGAAUCUGAAAUCAACUGUUAGUAUUUCAACCUUCACUUAAAAUCUACCCCAAGAGAUUAUUUUAGGAAAAAUUGUCAAAGUGUAUAAGAUGUGUAAUCUGGAAAGAAAGACUGUCCCACACAAUUGGUAUCUUUUUAAUUAAAUCAUGACCAUUAUUUCACUCUGUGCUUGGGACCAAGAUUGAAAAUUGGGUUCCAGACUUGUCUCAUUACUGUAAACAAUCUGGUGUGUAUUGUUUUAAAAAUGAUCACUCAGGCUGGUGAGGUUUCUCUCACUUUGCUCUGCUCUGCUUAGAAGAGAUUAUUAAAAAUCUUUGAGGUUAUCUCAUUUAUUAUCUUUAUAUAACUGUACCACUUGAAUCUUGACAAAAUUAAAAAUGUUUGGAUGAAGGAGAAGAGAAGAUGAAGAAAUGAAUUUCUGAGCACCAGUGGCCAUAUUGCUGUUAGCUUUUCUGGUUGUGUACAGUAGUUAGAGAUGAGAAUAAUCUGAAUUUGAUGUAUUUUUAUUCCUCAAAAUUUUUUCUCUCUUGUUUUUAAAUUUAUUACCUCUUUCCCCAUUCAGUGAUGAUGAACACAGGACUUUUUACUUUUAUAAUUUUUAUAGCAAAAAAAGGCAAAUAAACCCUCUGCCUUUUGAACAUCUUUUAUGUGAAAUAAUUGUGAGCGACAUUUCAAAAAGUUAAUCGGAAGUCAAAGAGAGUAAAGUCCUACUGUAUUUUCCUAUCUCUAAAAAAUCUGGUGAAUGCCAUACCUACAGAGCAGGUGAAAUAAAAAUUGCUCUAGUUAGUAUCAAUUUGUUAUUUGUUUACAGUGUUUCUUGACACAAAAUAUGAAAAGUUUUAAUAUUGUGAAUUGAGAGGUACUGACAUUUUCUUUUUCCUACUUCUAAUGGUCAGUGUUGAAAAAGCACUUAAGUUAUGUCUCAGAAAACACCUAAAUGUCUAGCUAGAUCAUUGAAAAUUAGUGUCAGAACUACUCGUGUGACAAGAUUGACUGGUUAUUUAAUCAGAUUAAUUAUCCAGUUCAGUCAAAAUCUUUAUGCAACUAAAUCCUUGCUUUAGCCUUUCUGAGUUGUAUUUUUUAACACCUUCAUUGAGAUAUAAUUCAUAUAUCAUUUGAUUCACUGACUUGAAAUGUACAAUUCAGUGGUUUGUAUUAUACUCUAUGGUUGUACAACCAUUACCACUAUCAAAUUUUAGAACACUUGUCACUGUAAGGAGAUGCCAGUGUGAUCCAGCAAUCCCACUGUGGGUAUAUAUCCUAAAUAAUUGAAAGCAGAACCUUCAACAGAUACGUUCAUAGUGGCAAGAGGUGGAAGCAACCUAAGUUUCUAUCAACAGAUGGGUGGAUAAACAAAAUGUGGUGUAUACGUAUAUACAAUGGAAUACUCUUCAGCCCUAAAAAGGAAAGAAAUCCUGUCAUGUAGUGUAACCUGUAUUAGCCUUAAGGACAUUGUCUUAAGUGAAGUAAGCUAGGAACAAAAAGACUAAUACUGUGUGAUUCCACUCAUGCUAGCAACCUAGAGUAAUCAAAUUCAAGUGGUUAGAAAGUAAGGUGAUGGAGACUUCCCUGGUGGUCCAGUGGUUGGGAAUGCACCUUCCAAUGCUUGAAACACGGCUUCGAUCCCUGGUUGGGAAACUAAGAUCCCACAUGCUGCGGGGCAGCUAAGCCCGCGGGCUGCACCUGCUGAGGCCCCGCACUCUGGAGCCCGUGCUCUGCAACAAGAGAAGUGUGCAUGCCGCAACUAGAGAAGAAGCCCAUGUGCUGCAUAAAGACCCAGCGCGGCCAAAAUUUAAAAAAGGAAAGUAGAGUAAUGGUUGCCAGGAUCUGGGGUCAGGAGGAAAUGGGAAGUUAUUAAUGAGUUGAGUUUCAGUUUUGCAAGAUGAAGAAGUUCCAGAGGUCUCUUUCACAACAGUGUGAAUAUAAAUACACUUAAGAUACACUACUGAAAAGUAUCCUUAAAAUUGGUUACAACUGUAAUUUUUAUAGUUGCUUUUUUUAACAAUAAUCAAAUUUUUUAGUAUAGAAAAGAAAAGUCCCAUACCCACUAGCAGUUGUUGCCCAUUCUCUCAGCCAAUCACCAGCCCACUUUCUGUCUCUAUAGAUCUGCCUGUUUUGGACUUGCCAUAUAAAUGGAGUCAUGUAAUAAAUAGUCUUUUGUGACUAGAGUCUUUCAUUUAGUAUCAUGUUUUAAAGAUUUCUCUAUGUUGUAGCUUAUAUCAGUAAUUCAUUGCUUUUUAUUGCUGAAUAAUAUUCCACUCUGGAUAUACUCCAUUUCAUUUACCCAGUUGAUGAACAUUUGGGCUGUUUCUACCAAUUAGCUGCUGUGAAUAAUGCUGCUAUGAACGUUUGUGUACACGCUUUGCUGUGUUUUUAUUUCUCUUGGCUAUAUACCCAGGAGGGGAUUUGCUGGGUCAUAUGGUAGCCUAAUGUUGAACAUUUUAAGGAACUGAAAACUUUUACAAAGCGUCUGCAUCAUUUUACAUUCACACCAAUUGUGUAUAAGGGUUCAGAUUUUCUUCACAUUCUCCAACUCUUAUCCUUAUCUAUCUCUCUGAUUAUAAUCAUCCUAAAGGGUAUGAAGUGGUAUCUCAUUGUGAUUUUGAUUUUCCUGAUGGCUAACAAUGGUGAGCGUCUUUAUUUUCCUGAUGGCUAACAAUAGUGAGCAUCUUAUCACGUGCUUAUUAGCCCCUGGUAUAUCUUUUUUGGAGAACUGUCUUUUCAAAUCCUUUGCCAUUUUGUAAUUGGGUUAUUUAUCUUUUGAUUAUUGAGUUCUGAGAGUUGUUAAUAUAUUCUGCAUAAGGUCCCUUAUUAGACUUAAUGGUUUGCAAACAUUUCCUGUUCUGGGGAUUGCUUUUGCACUUUCUUGAUGGUUUCCUUUGCAGGACACAAUUUUUUAAUUUUGAGGAAGUCCAAUUCAUCUACCAUUUCUCUAGUUGCUUUGGUCAUUACCUAAUCCAAGUUCAGGGCUUCCCUGGUAGCUCAGUGGGUAAAGAAGCUGCCUGCAGUACCGAAGAUACAGGAGAUACCGGUUCAAUCCCUGGGUUGGGAAGAUCUGGAGGAGGGAAUGGCAACCCCCUCCAGUAUUCUUGCCUGGAGAAUCCCAUGGACAGGAGCCUGGCGGGCUACAGUCCAUAUGGUCCUCAAAAUCGGACACGACUGAAGUGAUUGAGCACCUGUGCACACAAUCCAAGCUCACAAAGAUUCACUCCUCUGUGUUCUUUUAAGAGUUUUGUAGUUUUAGCUCUUCCACUGAGGUCUAUGAUCUGUUUUGAGUUAAUAUUUAUGUAUAGCAUUAGAUAGGCAUCCAACCUCCUUCUUUUGUAUGAGGAUAACUAGUUGUCCCAGGAUCAUUUGUUCAAAAAACUAUUAUUCACUCCACUGAAUUGAUAUGACACUGUUGUCAAAAAUCAAUGGACCAUUAAUAUUAGGGUUUAUUUCUGAAAUCUCAUUUCUAUUCCAUUAAUCUAUGUAUUUAUACUUAAACCAAAGUAUUCUGUUUUGAUUACUUUAGCAAGUUAUGAAAUUGAGAAGCAUGAGGCUUCUAUCUUUGUUCUUUUUAAAGAUUGUUUUGCUAUACUGAGUCCCUUGCAUUUUUAUAUGAAAUUUUAAGAUCACCUUCCUGCAAAAAAAGCUAGUUGAGAUUUUGAUAAGGGUCACAGUGAAUCUAUAAAUCAGUUUGGGAGUUGUCAUCUGAUUCAUGAACGUGGGAUGUCUUUCUAUUCAUUUCUUCCAACAAUGUGUUUUAAUUUUCAGAGCAUAUAAUGUGUACUUUUCUGUUAAAUUUAUUCCAAAGUAUUUUGUUCUUUUUGAUGCUAUUUUAAAUGGAAUUAUCUCCUUAAUUUUAUUUUCUGAUUGUGCAUCAUAAGUGUAUAGAAAUACAGUUGAAUUUUGUGUAUUAUGACAGCUCAGUUGGGAAAGAAUCCUCCUGCAGUGCAGGAGACCCCAGUUCAAUUCCUGGGUCGGGAAGAUCCCUUGGAGAAGGGAUAGGCUACCCACUCUAGUAUUCUUGUGCUUCCCUUAUGGCUCAGCUGGUAAAGAAUCUGCCUGCAAUGUUGAAGACCUGGGUUCGAUCCCUGGGUUGGGAAGAUCCCCUGAAGAAGGGAAAGGCUACCCACUCCAGUAUUCUGGCCUAGAGAAUUCCAUGGACUCUAUAGUUCAUGGGGUCAUAAAGAGUCAGACACGACUGAGAACUUUGACUUUCACUUUUCAGUCUUGUAUGUUGUAACCUUUCUGAACUAAUUUUUAAUGUCUUUGUUCCUGUUCUCAUCACAUUAUCUCUUGAAUAUAUUGUAGUAAGACUUAUCUGCCUUUACCUCUCCGGUGAAGAGGCUUUUCAAAGCCAUCAGUGAUUUCCACAUUGCUAAAUUCAAUGGUCAUUCUCAAAGUUUAUCUUGACCUGCCAUCAGAAUUAAACACAAUUGAUCACUCCAUUUUUUAUUAAAAUAUCUUACACCUGGCUUUCACAACCCCAAAUUUUUAAUAGUAUCCCAGGGCUCAGUCCCUCGACCACCUUUACUAUCUACACUUGCUCUUCUGGUGAUCUGUUUUAGUCUCAUGGGUCUGUUAUCUAUAUACUGAUAACUCCUACACUUAUAUAUCUGGCAUAGACCUCUCUCUGAAAAUCCAAACUUUUAACCUUAACUGCCUACUUAACAUUUCCUCAUCAUUGGUUCCCCUCAAUUUGCUCUUCCUGUAGUCUUCCCCAUAUUGGUUAAUUAGCAAUUCCAUGUGUCUAGUUAUUGAGGUCAAGAACCUUGAAGAAAUCAUUGAUUUUCCCCACUCUGUCUCUUUCAUCCUUCACUUCAUCAGCACACUGUGUCAGCUCUACCUGCAAAAUACAUUUCCAGUUCUCGUUACUCCUGCCGUGAGAUGCCUGGUCCGUACCACCAUCGUCUCUCAUAGAUUAACUUAAGAGUUCCUAAGUAAUCUCUUCCCAGGUGGCUCACUGGGAAAGAAUCUGCCUACAAUGAAAGAGACGCAGGCUCAAUCUCUGGCUGUUAAGAUCCCCUGGAGAAGGAAAUGGUAACCUACUCCAGUAUACUUGCCUGAAAAAUCCUAUGGACAGAGGAGCCUGGUGGGUUACAAUCCAAAGGGUCACAAAGGAGUCAAACAUGAUUCAGCAACUAAACAACAACAAAAUAAUCUCUAUUUGUACCUGUACACUUUCUCAAUACAGCAGCCAAACUUAAUACAUCCAAAACCAAACCUCAUGAUCCCCACUCUCUACACACAACACACACAAAAUCUGGUUCCACUUACUUCUCAAACUUUAUCUCCCACUGCUUUCCUCCUUGCUUGUUCUGCUGAGCUGCAUUGACCUGGUGUUUGGAUGGACAUUCCAGGGACUCUUGCUUCAAGUCUUCUUUAUUAGCUCUUUCUCUGUCUGGAGACACUUCUUCCUCAGAUAAUUUUUGGAUCACUUUAUUACCUUAUCAAGUAUAUUUUAAUUAGAUGACAUUCUGUGUGUGUGUGUGUGUGUGUGUGUGUGUGUGUGUGUGCUCAGUCACCCAGUUGUGUCUGACUCUUGUGACUCCAUGGACUGUAGCCUGCCAAGCUCCUCUGUCCAUGGAAUUUUCUAGGCAAGAACACUGGAGUGGGUUGUCAUUUUCUUCUCCAGAGGAUCAUCCUGACCCAGGGAUCGAACCUGUGUCUCCUGCAUCUCCUGCAUCGGCAGGCAGAUUCUUUACCACUGUGCCACCAGGGAAGCCCCUGACCACGUGUUUUAAAAUGUGACCCUGCUAUCCACCUGCUCCCCUUAGGUCUCCCCUCCCCUGCCUUAUUUUUCUUCAUGAUAUUUACAGCUGUAUAGUUCAGUCACUAAGUUGUAUCCUACUCUUGUGACCUCAUGGACUGUAACUAGCCAAGCUUCUCUGCCCAUGGGAUUCUCCAGGCAAGAGCACUGGAGUGGGUUGCCAUUUCCUUCUCCACAGCUGUGUGGCAUACUGUAUAGUUUACUUAAUGUUUAUUUUCUUUACUAGAUUGUAUACUUCAUGGACACAGGGAUUUUUGCCUAUUUUUGUUCAAUGCUGUAUCUGAUGCGUAACAAGCUCUCAGUAAAUGUUAAA